UUUUUUUAUUCUUGCAUCAGGCUUGUGCUUUUUUAAGCCGUGUGUUUUGGUUGAUUGGCUUUUUCUCGGACUUCUCUUUUUUUGCUUAUCGGUGAACUUUAUUGGCCUACUUAAGUAGACUUUAAGUUGAUUUUUGUUACUCAGUUUUGCCUGGUUCCUGUUUAACUGUUAAUGUUGGAUUUUUUUUUACUCUGUUAUGUAACUCAGGUAUCCUUUGGUAAUGCGUCUUCAUCUUUAACCCUUUUCUGGAUUUAAAUUUUACUCUGUGAUAUGUAAUUUUUGCUGUUUGGUCAUCUAUUAACAUCAUGAUUGAGUUGGAAGUUAAAAAAGAACCCAGUGAGACUUGGAGGGAAACAAAUGGUGACAACAUUGGAAAUGCUUCCAAUGCACAGCUGACUGGAGGUAAAGUUGGAUCAUCAUCGUUCUUGCAGCUUGCUGGUUACAAUGGUGUUGUUCAAGAUGGUGAACAUCUUAAUGGAACUUCUAUUAACAGUUAUGGCAAUGGUGGUGAUGCUGGUCGUACUGAGUUAGAUGAUUUGGGUGAGGAAAUACUCCUCGAGGAAAGAGAUAUUCAAAUUUAUGAAGAGCUUCUUACCAGAAUGAGAAAUGAGGUUAUCAUCAAGGAACCUACAUGCAGUCGUUUGAUUGUAAGUGAAAGGAAAAAGAAGAUUAAUUUAAACCUUGAAGAUGAACAAAAUUGUCAAAUGAUCACCUUGCCCGAAGAUCAUCUCAAUAGUGCUUGGUCGUCCUUUAGAUAUCCGAGAAAUUAUGAUGAUUUCUUGGAACUUAUAUUCACAUGGGCUGAUAAUUAUCUCAAUGAUCAGGAAUGGCCUCAAGAGGAAAUUUUUUUCAAGUUAAGAAAUUACGCUUAUGCACCAAAAUAUACUUCGUUUAAAUUUUAUUCUCAAGCAUAUCUGUCAAAUUUGGUUGGAUUGUUUUAUGCAAAGCUCAAAAAAGAAACUAGUAGUUGGCAAAAAUCAUCGAAAUAUAUAAAAGACAAAGGAGUUAUCGGUACAGUCGACACUGUUAAAAGUGAAGAUCAAUGGUCUGAAAUAGUUUUCAAGCUAUUAACUGACUUGGAUACUCUGAAAUUUGGUAACUGCUGUGUCUUAAGUGUCGUCGAUUCUUACAAUUCUUCUGACCGACUGUAUUUUGGCUCAAUUCUAGGAAAAGACAAAAUAUCGAUUGAAAACCGAAAACUCACCCUCUUGACUGUUAAAGUUUUUGAAUUCGUCCCCGUUUCUGGUGAUAAAUUCGCUUUAUUAAGCUUAUUUCGUACUCAUCAUAUUUAUACAUCCGCUGAAUGCCUUUUCAAAUUAGAGACAUCGCAAUAUCUUCAACAUUAUCUCAGUCCAAGCUUAAAAUCAGGCCCUUCUGGUGUACAGCUUAGACUUGAUGAAAAAACCUUAACCGAUUUUGAUCGUGAUGCAAUUUUCAAAGCAGUUGAUACUUUUUCAUUGUCAAUACCUGAUAUCUCCCCAGUUAGUUGCAUAGAUUUCAGAGAAAUGGACACAUCACUAAAAGAUCUUACAGAUUUUGUUGUGGAAAUUUUACUUGCCAUGCGAUCAGCGCCACUUGACAUUCGUUGGAUCAAUUUGGAUAUUCCAGCUUUGGUAAUCAGCAAAGAUGAAGAUAUACUUUCCUCUUUACAUGAAAAGUUCAAAAAGGCUGAUUUUUCUAUUUAUCGAAUUGGUAGUAAAAGUUCACCAAUAAAUUUGCGUGAGAAAAUUCCGAUGGUCAGCAAAGCUUUAGCUAAAGCCUUUUCUCGCACAAAAUUCCUAGAAGACGCUCCCGAGUAUGAAAAGUUAGUUGAACAGUGGGAUUUUGUUGAUGAAGGAAUAUUUCAGAACGAUGAGCAAAAGAAAUUGUACAACGAGCUAACUGAAGUAGCCAAAAUUUUCGCUCUUCGCAAUUCCGCCGUUGUAUUGGGAAACAUUUACGAUGUAUGCAAUGAUUUAGCCAUCAAUAGCUCUUUAUGCCAAAUACCUGUUUGUUUAAUUCUCGGAGCCUCAUCGAUUCCUGAAUGUUUUACUCUACCGCUAAUGAAAUAUGGUUGUGAAAAAUUUAUCCUAAUUGAUAGAGAAAUCACUUCAGGGACCAAAUCUCUAUUCAACCGUCUUGUUUCAAUUUACGAAGAGGAACAAUUACCUGUUAAAGGAGCUAAAUGUUGCAUUGUAACAAAUGUCAAGAAAAAGGUUAAAAUACCUGAACCACCCAAAGUCAGUCGACAUAAAAUUAUUGAAGAAAGUGCCAAAGACUCAGCUUCAACUUCAUCAACAACGCCAGGAUAUAAUCCUGAACAACGUAAAAACCCUCGAAACCGUAUGCCCUAUUGCCCUAAACCCACCGCUAACCCAACCAAUGAUUCAAAUAAAUGAGUCAAUCGUGUAGGGUGUCUUUUAAAUUUGUACAAUUUGUUAAACUCAAAUUUAAAUCUAAUUUCUCAUUCACCGUUAGAGUUCAAAUUAACAAAAGUACAAAUUUAAGGGACACCCUUUUGGAAAAUAUUCAAUUACUUAUAGUUCAAACUAAAAAAUUGUUAAUAAUAAUUAAUAUAUUUAUUUAAGUUGACAUCAUUUCUAUAAAUUAAUUUACAAAAAGUUAAAUUAAUUAUCAUAAAAUUGAUCUUUGCAAAAAUUAAAAGCCUUUAUUACCUAAAUUGUAAUGCUUUUUCACUUCUUUAUCAUCGUUAAUAAUCGGAAGGACACUCAUUUGAACAAUUAAACUUCGAGUAAUGAUGAAUUUUAAUCAAUAAAUUAAAUUAAAUUUGAUUUCAUUAAACUAUUUCUUUAAAGCGCCAUCUUUCAACCAAACCCAACUAACGCCAUCUACUCGAUAUCCAAAAAUAAUAAAAAUGUAGGUGAAAUGUUCGAUCAAUUUGAUUUCUGUAAUUGAUUGUUUAAUUUUAAUAUUGUGUUCAAUUUAACUUAAUUACGCUGUUCUUUUUGCACAUGAACCCUCAACUGAAGCGCUCAUUAAACAGCCUUUUAUCCAGUGGCUGUUUCAAAAUUUUAAAGUGGUUCUAGUUCAAACAGUUACUCGAGGAUUUGUAUGUUCCAUUACAUCUCCUUUUCAACCUUUUACCUGUUACAAACCUCAAAAUUAUCAUGAAGUGCAAAUUCGUCGUUCAUCCAUUAUCAUUAAUUUUAUUACUUUUGAAAAAUGCUCACAUUCAAUAACUUGCUAAAUUGUGUAUCUCUGCAAUUUCGCUAUGUCUAAUCCAUUUCGCCAUUGUAUUACUCCUUAGAUGCUCCAAUUAUGUUUGUUUUUAGUAAAGCCAAGCUUUCUAGAAAAUUUUCUAACCAUAAUUGUGUAAUUAAUGUUCAACAUUUCCACUAAAAACGCAGCAAUCUCAACUCAUCACACAAUUUGCACAAUCUAGUUUAAUCUAAUUGUUUGUGAAUCUCAAUACCAUUAAAUUAAUCAACUAAAAUUCUCAAUGUUUUACUGGUCAUCAUCUGAUCUCUGCUUUUUUAAGCAUCAAAUGAUCUCACAAGUUCUCUAUUUUCUUGUUCUCUCAUGUAUACUGCCUCCAUGUUCCUUAUCCACCAAUUUUGGAGCCACUACCCUGAACAAUUUGAAUCUCUAUACCAGACCAUCAGCUAUCGGUGAGUCUUGUAUGCCUCCAUCUAGUACCUGUGCUGAUCCUAACUCCAUAUGUUACCGCAAGACGAAUCGCUAUCUAGGUUACUGUAAAUGUACCCAAGACUAUUAUUAUGAUCGUAGAUCUGGUAAAUGUAUGCGAUCCAUAGCAAUAGGCGAUCCAUGCACAGAGUCAAGAGAAUGUCAAUCGUUUGAUCGACAUUCUUACUGUGACUAUGGUCAACUUGUUCGUAAACGUCGGCCAAUAUGUGCCUGUAUAUCAAAAUAUGUGUUUAAUCAUGAGAAACAACGAUGUGUACAUUGUCGACAAACCCUUAAUGAUUGCCGUGAUCCUUCAUCGCCUUCAAGUGUCAAUUCCUUGGCAAAGUACAAGUUCGGAUUGCUUAUCAAAAUUAUUCUCAUAGUGAUUGGUUUUUCCCUAAUACUGAGCUUGACUUUUUGCUUCUUCAUCAAAUUACUCAAUGGAUACAGUAAAUCGAGGAGGUCAUCUGGUCAUAAUACACAAUCUGGCUCCAAUCAACAAAUUAUAACUACAAGGACUCCAGUAACAUCAACAUCGGUGCCAUCAGUAACUCCAAUACAGCCUUCAGCUCCACCUUUGCCAUCAGAUACUGUUGGCCCAAUGUCUACAUUUAAUACUCGUAACCCUGUUAGAUUCAACAUAUCAUCUUCCAUCUAUAGCAACUCAAAAAGAAACCAAUUAUCAUCUUCCGUUAAUAGUAAUAGACUGUCACUGGCAUCCUCAUCAGGGGAAGAUAAACCACCCUCUUACGAGGAAGCUAUCCAUGGAUCAAGCCAAUGUAAACGUGAUCUGGUAAUCUCACUUAAUCCAAGUUCAUCGUUGGACGGCAAUCCAGUUUAAUUUGUAAUUGUAUCUACUUAAUCAAUUGAAGGCCAAAGAUGCAACCAAAAAUCACAAAAUUCAUGUAAUGAUCGGGAUUAACUUCCACCUGUUCACUACAAAUGGUAAUCUCCUCAUGGUUUGUCAUUAAGGCCAUUCUGUACAAGAUUGUUUAAUACAAUUAGUAAGUUAAUUAUUUGAAAAAUCAACCAAAGAAAAGAAAUGAUAACAUAUGAAUUGUAACAAUCAAUUUUGUAUAGAACUGAAUGAUUACAGUUAACUGGUAAUUGAAUUACAUUGCCAUUAAUGCUGUUUUCGUAAAAAAAAGCUGCAAAUGUAAAUCAGUUUAAAUGAUUGUCAAACAAAAUCACUAAUUUUGUUAAUAUUGAGCUCUUGAGAACAAUUACUUCCAAGUCAAAACAUCUUUAAAUAUAGUGUACAAAAUUGAAUAUAAAUUUCUGGUUCAGCAGGAAAGGACAUUCCGUGACGGCAAACAAAACUUCCACAUUGUUCGAUCAAAUCGAAGCCAAACAAUCAAAUAAUUUGAUUUAUCAAUUAAACAUAAUUUCACUUCAUUUAAUUUCUUUUGUUAAGUAGUUAAUAUCUUGUUCAUUAUGUACAUCAUUUAGAUUUGAAUCUACUUCAUUGGAAAGUUAUUCUGACAAAUCAAAUAAAAAAUCUUCCAAAUUAA